UGCAUACUAUAAGAGUCCUCACACUCCUGCAUUUGCCUCUCUCAAAACCCCCCCCCAUAAAACCCCAAACCUCUCUCUCUCUCUCUCUCUCUCUCUCUCUCUCUCCUCAGCUUUUCAGGAUGAUGGUAUUAUUGCAGGUGUGUUGGCCAUCAUCCUUGACAUGGCUGAUAACACUUGUCCUCUUAUUCUCCGUUGGGCAUGGGAAGAGCAUUAUAGUUGGAGGAGUUGCAGAAUGGACCAACUUCCUCCAAUCUCUCUCAUCAGCCCCCGAUUACUCUGCUUGGGCUUCUUCGCAUACAGUUCACAUUGGAGACACACUUGUCUUCAAAUACCGGAAACUUCAACACGGCGUAUGCGUCUUCCGCAACAAGAGGGCUUUCGAUUCCUGCAACUUCACUGAAGCAACUGUUCUCGAUCAAGGUUAUUCCGGUUCUUUCACGUGGCUUGCCUCGCGCCAUGGCAUCUUCUACUUCGCCUGCAACAAACCUAUGGAGGGCGCCUUUUCCCACUGCCAGGCAGGCCAAAAAGUAGCCAUAACCGUCCAUCCAAGAUCUAACCCCAAACUCUCGCCGGAAUAUUCCCCAAAACCACCGGAACAUCAUCCGAAUCUGCCGGACCAUUCCCCCUCUCCCUCUCCAACUUCAGGUGGCCCUCUCCCGCCAAUCCACCCAUGGCCCUUCAUUUCUCCGGCGACAUCCCCCCUCUCCUCACCCCCGGAAAUGGGUUUUCCGGCUCCGGAAAACUCGGGAGUGCCUGAUUCCGCCGGUGGGAUGCCAUUCAUUAGUAGCACGCCUGCGGUUCCUUUGCCGAGAGGGGAAGCAGAUGCGGCCGCAAUACGGCCUCCUUUUCCCACUUCAGACGCCCCAUACCAGGUCCCAGUAAUGCUGCAAAUAUCGGUUGACGGUCUGUGGUUUUGCACUUUUGCCCUAUGGCUGGCGCAUUUGGACAUGCUUUUGUAAUAAAUAGAAACUUGAAAAGUGAAAUGUGAUGACGCUUUUACCCAUUUAUGUAAAUUUCAAAUUCAUGCCA